GUGAAAGUCAUGACUCACUGUAGCAUAACAACACAGUAAAUGCCAACAGUAUGUUAGUUAUUAUUGCCAAUACUUGGAAAGCUUGUCUGUAUAAUGAUGAUGAUAUGCAAUUCAGUAGUAAACAAUAGAAUGAUGAUAAGCUAUAAUGUGAUAUAAUUAUAAAGAUUGAUUUGUAAAUGGGAAAUGUGAGAAGUAAGUUAGGUGAAAUGUUACAUACAGCUAUUAAAGAAGGCAGGAAGGAUGACGCUCUUGAUUUGCUAAAGAGUGGAGUGCAUGUUGAUAUUUUUUUUGAGAAUAAAUCUGUGAUAUAUACCGCUGUAUUACAUAAACAGUAUGAUGUUUUGGAAUAUGUGCUACAGCAUAAAGAAGUUAAUAUGGAGGAUGGUUAUUAUACAGAAACACCACUCCAUUGUGCUUGUAAAAAUAGUGAUUUAAAGGCAGUAGAAAUGCUGAUUGCAGCCGGAGCUAAAGUAAAUGCUGUAGAUCAAAAUAACUGCACACCAUUAUGGCUGGCAGUAGAAGCAGGAAGAAGAGAUAUAGUAGACUUCCUACUCAAUGAAUGUCUUAUGAAAGUAGAUAUCAACACUCACUGUAAAGAUAGGUUUAUGGCAAAAGAUGCCAAAUGUACACCUGUUAAUAAAGCUGCUGAAAUGAAUAACACAGAAAUAGUACGCAUAUUAGCAAGUCAUGGUGCAGAUGUUAAUUUUCCAAACAAUCAUGGGAGAGUGGCACUACAUCAUGCUUGUUAUACUGGUAAUAAAGACAUUGUAGAAAUAUUAUUAGAUUGCCAUUGUGAUGUUGAUCUCGUAGAUGAAGAUGGUAUUAGUCCAUUCUAUGUCGCCUGUAAACAUAAUCAUCAUGAAAUAGUUAACCUGUUGAUAGAUCAAGGUUGUGAUGUAAAUAAACCUAGAUCAGACAGUGGUUGGCAUUGUCGAGGGUUUUCACCACUACACGUAGCUACACAAUAUCAUCAGACUAAAGCAGUGAGGGCGCUACUAGCUGCUGGAGCAGAUGUCAAUCAAGGUGAUUUUCGUGAUGUUCAACCUGUGGCGUUGGCUUGUGAAGAAGGACAGAUAGAAAUACUCAAUUUAUUAUUACAAUAUAAUGCAGAUGUGAAUCAUAAAGAUAAAAAUGGCUCUGUAGCACUGGCGUACUGUUUUGAAUUCUCGUAUCCAAAUGAAGUAUUGAAACGUCUGCUCCAGGAACAUGUUGAUGUGAAUGUCCGUAUGUUUGAUCAAGAACCUAUUUUACAUUUCUCGGUUCGGCAUUUCUCUGUGGAAAUUCCAUCAUUAUUGGUUAAUAAUGGGGCUAAGCUUAACAUAUUAGACAAGAGAGAACUGAACGCACUUUAUUAUUCUAUCAACAUGGGUAAACUUGCUACUAGUUCACUUCUGCUGGUGCAUGGAGCACGGAUAACAGAAUACGAACUCGAAAAUGCUUUGACGUCUUUGAAGAUAACCUACAAACUUAUUGAAGUUAUUUUGGAAAUUAUCAAUAUGGACAUGAUACGGAAUGUUUUGCCAAAAUUUGAGUCGCAUCAUAAAGAGAUGUGUGACCUUGUGAUGAAUGUUUUGUGUCAGCCGUCUAGUUUAAAGAGACUAUGUAGAGAUGUGAUAAGAGCGACUGUAAGUAAAAAGACUAGUAGAUCUAUUCUACCAUUAAUACAAUCGAUCAAACUGCCAGAUAUUAUUGUCUCAUAUUUAACUUGUGAAAUUCAUUUACAUUCUAUUUAGCUAUUGUUAAUUUAUUUUUGUUUGUUUUGUAUUGAAUGGUCUACAUUUAGAUAUAACUACUUCCUUAUUAAUUCCGGUCUUCAUUAGCCCAGUUGGAGCAGUAGGAUAUUAAACUCCAUUUCAUUUCAUUUCCUUAUUAGUUCUCACUUCUCUUAGAAGUUUAUCGACAUCUACUUUAAUUGGUUAAAACUAAAACCAUUCUUUCCCAAGACAGGGCAUCUCUGCGUUGGUUAGAAAGGAGAUUAAAUCAAGGUAGAUCAAUUGGACACAAACUUCAUAAUUCAAUGGAAGGUCCCCAUGUUGAGUAUAGACAGAUUCAUCCAGGCACAAGGUUACUACUAGUCAAGAUGUUCAUCUCCAACUCCUCCUGCUAACUUGACCUAAAUAUUUUCCUAGAAAGCUUUCAUCACAGAAAUAUAUCUGGGAUUUCUCCUACAUAUCUUUCAUUUUAAUGGCUAGUAUCUAGCUGAUGAUCAAUUUCUUAAUAAACCCAAAUUUUAAUAUGUAGUUUACUUAUAAUAUAUUAUGAGGUUUUUCUUUUUGCCAAAAUUGAAAUGUCUCAAGAUCUACAUAUAUUCUAAGUUAUUAUAUUACCAGUAUAUAUUUAUUAAAUAAAACAGUUUCUCUAAUACUAUCUUCCUUUAUGUUAAUAUAAAAAUUAAGAAUCUGAAGGGGCUUACUUUUUCACAAUAUUUGUCACAUUUCUCAAGUUAUUUUCAUUAGAACCUGUAGGCUAUAAUGUCAGCGACAUUAAUGGGAAUAUAAAUUUGCUUAUUAAGUAAGAGAAGCUGCAAGGUUUCUGAAUAAAUUUAUAAACAAAAUUUAUGUUUCAAUCCAUGUUACUGUCAGCAUGUACUUAUAGGUUUAUAGGAGCCCAUAGAUUUACCCAAAUCAACUUGAAUUAACCAAAACGACCAGUAUUUUGCUUUAACUGCACUUUAUCUUAUAUUUUUUAUAUCAGGCUUUUUGUGGUUAUAAAGAUUAAGAUGAUCAGUAUGUUAUUAAACAAAUGCUGUAGAUCAAGAAAUGUCAAGGAUUUAACAUUAAAGCCAAUAUAGGGAGAGAAUUACUAGUUUGACUCCAUAAUCAUUACAGUAACAAUUAAGAGUUUUUUUUCUUGUUUUUAUAUCUUCCAUUUAUUUACCGGUAUGUUAUUUUCUUCAGAACUAUUUAAAAAAUAGAGUGAAUAUUAGGGAAUAUUAUUCAUCAUACAUACAGAAAGAAAGGAAACCAUAAAAACUAUGAUGUUUUUGGUAAUUCAAGUUGUUUUGGGUUGCUUUGGGUAAAUCUAAGGAACUGCAGGGUUAUAGUAAUAACAACUUUUUCAUAUUUUUCAAAUGGUUUGUGUUACUUACUACAUAAAGAGGGCGGGUGGCAGACAUCACUCACCCAGACCUAAACUUGCCUGAAUUAGUAAAUUAGGAGAGGAACCAUCCAUUCACCUUCUGAACACUUGCUAGGCUGGAAGCUUGCAUAUUCACCUUUAGGUUGGGAUUCUUUAGUCCUCUCAUAUUUUCUUAUGGCAGGGUCUGGGUGGGGUCGAUUCUUGUGGCUAGUAUCUAGCCGAUUAUGAAAGUUUUAAAACAAUCAAAUUAUGGUAUAAUUAUUUUAUGUAUUAUGUUAUUAGUUAUUUUGAACACAAUGAUAAUUAAAUGAUAUUAAUUAGAGGGAAAAUAGAAACAUAAAAAUUAUAUUUGUAAGCUAUUUAUUGUGUUAUGAAUUGUUUUACUUUUUUCAUGCAAAAUAUACCCAGUGUAUUGGGUAUGAUAUUAUUACCAUGUAUGUUAAUAUUGAUAUUUACUUGUCAAUGAUGUUAAGAACAAAUAUCCAUCAUAUCAUCACGAUUAUAUUGAUACAGAUGGGUAUUAUAUAGAGGGAGAAAUGGGGUUUAACAUCCAGAGGUCAUUUUGGGACUAACAUAUGGUUCAAUUUUAUUUAAGGCUUGCGUGUAGGAAUCUUUAGCAGUGGGAGGAAAAUGGAGGACCCAGAGAAAACCCACAGGUUUGACAGGCAACCCUACUCCUUGUCACAUACAAGCGGGGAAUUGAAACCACACAACUAGACUCAGUGUGUAUUGUAAUAAUUAGGAUUGAUAUCAUAUCCCCCAGAUUGCAGUAGAUAUUUAUACAAAUAUUGUCAUUGAUGUGAUUAUACUGAAAUCAUCAUGAUUGUAAUAUUAGUCAUUGUAGUUGUAAAAAUUGUAUUUGAUAUUAUUAUGCUAAAAUUGAAAUUCUCAAAGAAGGUGAUUAAUAUUUACAAAAAACAAUAUUGAUAUGAUGAUUAUAUUGCUAUUUAUAUGAAAAUUAGCCCUUUGAACAAGAGAUACUAGAUUUUUGACUGUGACUUUGUAGCGACCAAAUUAUUCUCGUUUACUCUUUUUAGAACAAGUAGGAAUAUAUUGGGAAAAAAAACAGUGGCUGUGACCUUCACUUGUCAUACAUCUUGGUUCCAAAAACCUAGUGUGUGGGACGUGAAACAUUCAGAAACUCUGCAAAGUGAUAAGAUGAUCACAUUGGUAUUAACAAGAUUAUGAUUUUACCUUUAUUAAAGGAGCCAGUUGUAGCAAAAUGGAUAUAUUUUUAUUAUUUUAUCACAAUAUGUUUAUGUACAUUGUUUCAGAGGAAUUUAUUGAAUAAUGUUAACUAAGGUCAUGAAUGAUCUAGGUAUCAAAAAUAUCAAAUCAAAAAACAACAAACAUAACAUAUUUUUACACACAUUCGUGUUUCGUCUGGUCGUAUGUUGUUAUAGCCCCUAGCUAUUCAUUUGUCGCCAUGUUUUGCAUUUCUUUAAUACUCUUAGUGGAAGAUAACAACACAUGCAGCCUAAUGGAUAUGCUGCUCCUGCUAUCUUGAUAGAUGCAGGAGCUGCGUUGACAAGUCAAGUUAUUUUCAGAUAGAGGCAUCUAGAAUGGUGGUUACAUGUUGUGGUUUGGUUCCUAUCUGACAGUAACAAAGUCAAUGAUUUGUUUCCUAUCUGACAGAAUUGUUUGGAGAGGCUGGGAGCAAUCAACUUACUUGUAUAGAGUUGUGUUCAUCUACUGAACUAGUUAGUUGUGAGUGAAGAUUUUGACCAUUUUUUGCAAAAGCAGUUCAAGAGUUAUGGCCCCUGAUUGUUGAUACCUUACAUUUAAUGGUACUCAUAUAGGACACAGAUCACCAAAUAUUCCUACGCCGUCACCCACGAAACAAGGGCCAAAGCUAUUUUUAGUCUUCCUCUCCCUUUUCCUUUUUCCCCCUUUUGCAUGGCGAUUUUUGUUGACUUUUUGGUGUAGAAUCGAGGAAAAGGGUUUGAAAAUACAUUUUCUGCCAGGUUUUGGUGAAUAUUCAUAAUUUUGAUGCGGAAGGAUACAAGAGUUGAGAGGUUGGUUAGGUUGAAAUGUAGGGCCUGAAAUUGCAUGUUUACUUGUCUCUACUUCCAGCUUGUGUAUCUCAAGUUUUUCAUGAAGAACCUCAUACGUGCUUUUGGGCAAGUGGUUGCCACAUGUUGCUCCAUCUGUGGUAGAAAGCGUUCUACCCAACGAAAAUUUGGGAAAAAGUUAGAGCCGGUCUAAGAUACGAGAAUUAACAUUGGAGUCAAUGGGGAAAUCUUUAGUGAUCUGUGUCCAUAUUCGCUCUACAAAGUUCAAUUCUUAACAGAUUUUUAUAACAUUUUCAAAAAAAAAAAUGUUAAUUUUGGGGAAAAUCUUUACUGUGAGUGCUACUGUGCAUAGUUCUUAAACUUAACUGAUUUGGAUCAACACUGACCAGUGCAAACAUGGUUUCUAGACUAGUUGAGGGCUUUAGGCCCCACCAAAUUGAUUUUUUGUUCUUCAGGAACACCUGUAUAGGACUUGGCUUUUUAGUUAUCAAGACCUGAAAGAACAGAAAAUCAAAUUGGUGGGGCCUAAGUUCUUUUCCGAUAUGUUCUUCCCAAGUUUUUGUCUUUGUGAUUGUUGAUUAAGGGAAUUACCACGUUGUCCUCAUUAUAUAGAGUUCUUGACCAGCUCCAGAUUUUUUUUUUCAGAAUCUAUUUAUAAUGUGUAUUUUACCUCUGUUUUGGAGUUCUAUAAACUAUUAUUAAUUCAAAACUAUGAAAAUUACCAGGUACAUUUUAAAUAUUUUAAGAAGAAACUUUUCUAGAUUAUUUGAGGAGAAUUUCUUUAAAAACUGUAUUUUCAAAAAAUAUUUAUCUAUUCAGAUGUUUGUCUGUUACCUGUUAACCUAGGCAGAUGUGUGAAACAUUUAUGUCACUAUGCUCUGAAAGUUAUGUCACAAAAUAGUUAAUGCUCUGAAAAUUAUGUUGCUAUGCUCUGAAAGUUUUGCUACUCUGCUCUGAAAAUUGUGACCUCUGAGAGUGUCCCUGACAUGAAUGUUCUUUCUAUAAAACAUUUAAGAUGAAUGACUUGCCAGAUCAAUGGCUUGCCACAAAGAAUGGUGCUGUUUAAAAUAGAAUAUGUUAUUGUUUUUCAUUAUUAUUAUUAUUAUUAUUACAGAGUUUAUUUUUGUACAUGUAUGUGUAAGGUAAGGAAUUAUUCCAAAUCCCUGCGAAUUAAAGUACAUGUAUGGUGAUUACAGGUGAAAAAAAACUGGUUAUAUUAACAAAUUUACUUUAUUGAUAGACGGGAGCAACAGAGGCUCAGUGAGUAAGACUUUGGCUCGCUAACAUGAAGGUCUUCUGUUCGAUCCCAGUGUUAGCUGUAUUUUCCUGCUUGUUUCCCCCCUUGUCAAUGAUGCAGGACAGAGGGCCUGGAAAGGUACAGGGAAUAGAUGUUUGGAUGGGAAGAAAAAACGUGGUCCCUUGAACAUGGGCUUGAACAUACAAGAAUUUUAUAUGAGAGUAGGCUGUAGCGCCGCAGUUCGGGCAAAAUUUUCCUCACAGCACACUAUGGUGUAUGUCCGUCUUCAUUAGCCCAGUCAUAGCAGAACAGUAGAACAUUAAACCCCAUUUCAUUUCAUUUCAUUUAUUGAUAGACAAUUUUAGGAUCAUACUUUCAGUUGUGCUUUUAGGAAUCUAGAUACUGUCUGGUCAUAAAUUCCCUAACUAGAAAAAAGACAAAGAAAAAGGUAUCAAACAGGUUUUAAGGUUUCUAGUCUUGCAAUCUGAUUUUGUUUAUUUUUAUUUAUUUAUUAUUUUAUUCAGAUCAUGUAACCCUGUUGAUUAAUUAAAUUGUCAGUAUUUGUAUGCAGGGCUGUGCUGUGUAGAUUUAUGGAAAAGUGUCUUAACUGUUUUUGGGGUUAUAACCAUUUCCAAUACAAUCGACACAAUAGAAAAGUAGAGUAAAACUCAAAUGUAAAAAAAAAAACAAAAUUGUAUUCCUAUUGGUAAUC